CCUCCGAUUGAGAAACCGCUACCGAUUAUUCACGGUACCGCACGACCGCCACCGGAAUGGGGACGUACAGAGAAUGAAGAACUGGAACAGCUUCGAAAAAUUAUUGAACCACGGAAAUAUAUCGAAGAAAUAAAAGUGACGAAUGUUCGACCACCCAUUGAGCCCAUUCCAUUAUCGAUACCACAAAUGGAUUAA